CAUUGAAAUAACAAAUUUUUAGUUAAAGUUAAAAAUUAAUCAAAAUCCUCUAAAAAUCAUAAAAUUUCGAAAAGAGGACCUUAAGCGAUGUUAAAAGGAAAUCUCGUGAAGGAAGAAGACGAAACCUUCAAAAAUGCAGAUUUCAAUGCCGUUUAUCUCAAACAAAACACGGAAAUCGAAGCCGAAACAGUCAAAAAAGAAGAUACCGAAGAAGAUGCUUUGUCUCCAGAUGAAAAUGCAAGACCUCACAACACGCGAAACGCGAAAAAAAUUAAAAAGAAAGACGAAACAGAGACAGAAAACAUUUGUCGUCACUGCAACAAGACCUUCAAGUAUCGCAGUCAACUUUUGCAUCACGAAUUCACGCACAGCUCCGAACGGGCUUACAAAUGCGACAAAUGUAACAAGCAAUUUUUACGCCCAAACGACUUGAAACAUCAUUCCUACUUGCAUCUCGGCUUAAAACCCUUCAAAUGUACCGUUGCCGGGUGCGAAAAAGCCUUUGCUCGUUCAGGCGACUUGAAAACGCAUUCAGUUGUUCAUACGGGGGAACGAAAUUACGUUUGUCCCAUUUGUUCAAAGCAAUUUUUUCAAUCGUCUCAUAUGAGAUCUCAUCUCUUGACACAUAACAAAGAGAAAACUUUCAUUUGUGAGAUUUGCAAAAAAGGAUUUCAUCGUUCAAUUAACUUGAAAAUUCACAUGAUGGGUCAUUCGGAGGUGCGAAAGUACGUUUGUAAUGUCGAAGGAUGUCACAAAAAAUUUGCCAAGCCGAGUAUUUUACGGAGACAUGCUCAUAUUCACAAAGGAGAUAGGGCUUACAUGUGUCAAAGUUGCGGAAAAAGCUUCACCCAAGCGGGAAAUUUGAAGAAACACAUGUUAACUCACACCGGGGAACGACCUCACGAAUGCCACGAAUGCGGAAGGAAAUUUGCACAACGACAUCAGCUUCAAGCGCACAUGACAAUUCACGCAACGGAUAGUAACAAAACUUUUUUAUGCCCGGAAUGUGGCAAAACUUUUACGCGACAAUCGUCUUUGGAGAAACACAUGCUUCUGCAUACCGAUAUUCGUCCCUUCGUAUGUGAACUUUGUACGAAAACCUUCGUUUGCCAAAGUCACUUAAACAAACAUUUGAAAAAUCAUCCAAGCAAGACGCAAAUUUUCGCUGAACGAAAACGCCCCGGACGAGAAUGUGAAAAAUGUGGAAUUGUCUUGAGCUCUUUAAGCAACUACAAGGUUCAUUGCUUGAUCCAUACUGGAGUCCAAAUUUACCAAUGUAACCAAUGUGAUAAACUCUGUUCGCGCGAAAAUGGCUUGAAAAAACAUUUAAAAAGUCACGCGAAGCAAAAAGAUUUGUCUUGUCCCAUUUGUAAACGAGAAUUCAAGCAAUCUUUCAACCUGAAACGACAUAUUCAGCUUCAUAGUACAAAUAAAAUUUACAGUACAGGUCUUGUGAGUGAAGAAAAAGACACUAUCGAAGAGGAAAUGAUCGUCGAAGAAGUCAUUGAACCUCCUCCGGCAGCUGUGAUACAAGAAACAAUCGUUGUCGUGCCUCCAAGAAGUUCUCCGAACAAGUCUCAAGCAUCAACAGUGAAAGAAGAAGCCCUUUUAUAUGAAGUUGAAGUGCCCAAAUCCAAAAAUAUCACAUAUGAUCAAGUCUAUCUCGUACAAAAUCCCAAAGAUGACACCCAAAUCGAGUAUACUAUUGAACAAGAUGACACCCAUAACUUUUCCUUUGACGAAGAACGGCUAAAAGAUGCGACAUCGGAAGCCUUUUAUACCGCAAAUGAUAUUUUACAAACGGAUUUGGACAACGAUAACGUUCAAAUUGUCUUCGAAGAGUCCCUUUGUCCUGAAUUUAGCACGGAUUUCAUCACAACUGUUGAUAAUUCGUCGUUUAUGGAAACGCAAGAGGCUCUAAAACCUGAAAAAGUUGAGGAACAAAGUCACAUUUGCCAGAUUUGCAGUCGUCGCUUUAUGAGUGCCUUGAUUUUGAAGCGUCAUUUGAUGACUCAUCCCGAAGUGAAUCAAAUUUUACUGAAAUGUCGUUAUUGUAAAGACUCGUUUGCGGAUGCUGAAGUGUUUAGAAUUCAUGUCGAGUCGCAUCAGGAGUCGGAAAUGGAUAAUUUGUACUUUUGUGAUUUUUGUGGAAAAUGUUUCGUUCGAAAAUCGGAUAUCAAGAGUCAUUUGAGGACGCAUUCGACGUUCAAAGGUUACAAUUGUGAUAUUUGCGGCAAAAGCUUCACCCAUGCCUCAUCUUUGCGAAAUCACAAACCUCUUCAUACGGGACUUCGUAAUUACCUCUGUACGCUUUGUGGAAAAAACUUCGCUCGAUCUGGCGACUUGAAAAGUCACAUGAACAUCCAUUCAAAUGCUAAAAACUAUCAAUGUUUAUCAUGUGAUAAGCGAUUUACGUUGAAAUCCACGUUGAGAUCUCAUCAAAUGACCCAUACAGGACUUCGACCAUACGAAUGUAACAUUUGCUUGAAGACUUUUACGCAAAGCAGUUCCUUAAAAAGUCACGUUUUGACGCAUUCGAAUGCCAAAAGUUAUCGUUGCAACGAAUGUGGGAAGGUUUUCAUGACGCCAGCUUACCUGAAGAAACAUUUAUUUACUCAUUCAGGCAUUAAACCGUUCUCGUGUGAGACCUGUGGAAAGACUUUUAGUAAACAAGCGCAUUUGAGGACUCAUCAGAUCGUUCAUACAAAGGAGAAAAAUUUUACUUGCGAGAUUUGUUUGCAUUCUUUUACGUUGGCGAGCAGUUUAAGAAGGCAUAUGUUGCUUCAUGAUGGAAUUAAGCCAUAUAAAUGCUCGUUAUGUGAUAAGAAUUUCACUCAAGGGGUUCAUUUGAAGAAGCAUAUGUUGAGUCACAGUGGUGUCAAACCAUACUCUUGUAAUUUGUGUCAAAAGUCAUUUUCGGCAGCAGCUACAUUGAAAAAGCAUCAGUUAGUUCACACGAAACUCGAUGACAAAUCUCACGAAGAUGCGGAAAAGCUUUAUUUGACGGUAGUUCAUGACGAAACGAACUCGAGCCAUUUGCAACAAAUACUUCUCUCGCCCGAAUUGAAAGUUUGAAGCCCUUUUUCAAAGAAAUUUUUAAUAAAACUUCAUAAUUUAUUGUAAUAAUUGGUAGAAU